UCACUCCCCUUCAGCAGUCUGAAGCCCCUAGGUCAGCCACCCUCAUUAGUCAGCAUCCCCACCCCCAGACCCUCCCCUGACCAAGGCUUCUUGCACCCGAGGUGGCUUCAGGGUCGCAGGGCCCAGCUCUGUGCUGACCUGUGGACUGGGGGUUUUGGCCAGGCUGGCCCAGGGCUGGGGUGACUCAGGGUGGCUGAGCACCUCAGAGCUCCCAGGGCACAGCAGCUGAGCAGGGCCAGCGUGAAGUCCCUCUGAGACAUGCCACCUCCUACAUGGCAUGACCUUGAGCGAAGCUCUCUCCACUACAAGCUCAGCCCCCACGAGGACCCUCCUGGUCGGGGAGUCCAGACAUCAGCACCCCUCUGGCCAGUGGGGACGGCGUCACAGGGAGUCCACUGCACAGCAAGAGAAAUGGUUACUGGGCUGGAGGAAGCCCUGUACCAGCUCCCCAGCUCCUCCCCAGGCUAAGAAGCUCCCCCGUGUAUGAUCCGGGUACACUUCUGGUUCAUCUCCAGCUCUGAAAAGUUUUCCAGGGUCGGUCUGGGGUUCUAGCAGCCGGCCCUGUGCGUCCAGCCGGCUACGAGAAGAUGCCAGAACAGAGCAAUGACUACCGUGUGGUCGUGUUCGGCGCAGGCGGUGUGGGCAAGAGCUCGCUGGUGCUACGCUUUGUGAAGGGAACGUUUCGCGACACCUACAUCCCCACCAUAGAGGACACCUACCGGCAGGUGAUCAGCUGUGACAAAAGCGUGUGCACACUGCAAAUCACAGACACGACGGGCAGCCACCAGUUCCCGGCCAUGCAGCGUCUGUCCAUCUCCAAGGGCCACGCCUUCAUCCUGGUGUUUUCCGUGACCAGCAAGCAGUCCCUGGACGAGCUGAGCCCCAUCUACAAGCUGAUCGUGCAGAUCAAGGGCAGCGUGGAGGACAUCCCCAUCAUGCUGGUGGGUAACAAAUGUGAUGAGACGCAGCGGGAGGUGCACACCGGCGAGGCACAGGCCGUGGCGCAGGAGUGGAAAUGCGCCUUCAUGGAGACCUCGGCCAAGAUGAACUACAACGUGAAGGAGCUGUUCCAGGAGUUGCUCACGCUCGAGACGCGCCGCAGCGUCAGCCUCAGCGUAGACGGCAAGCGCUCCAGCAAGCAGAAGAGGACCGACCGCAUCAAGGGCAAGUGCGCGCUCAUGUGAGCCUGCGCGCUCCUGUGAGCCUGCCAGAGCAGGCCAGGGCCUCGGCGCUCCUGCUCGCCUCCCUCCUCUCCCCUCUCACUGUACCGUGCCUGCCCUCCCUCCCUUCCUCCCUCCCCCUUCCUUCCUCCUCCCCGUUCUCCUCUCUCUUCCUCCUCUCCCUCCCCCUGCUCCUCCCCUCUGUCUUACCCUUCUGCUUCCUUCCCCUUGCCCUUCCCUCCUCUUCCCUCCUCCCCACCCUCCUCUGCGCCUUCCUCCAUAUCUCCUCCCUCUUCCCGCCCUGCCAGCCCACAGUAGGGUUGGGCUCUGGCCCAGCCCCGUCACACCUCAUGGCCAUCACCCUUGCUGACUGCUCCCCUGGACUGUCCAUGUCCUCGCUAUCUGUGCUCCACAACCGUACAUCGGAGGUUGAUCCCUGUGGAUCUGAAAACUGGGAGCUGGCUAGGAACUGCUGGUCCCAGCCAGGACCAGAAAGGCUGCCUUGCUCUGUCCCUCUCCCGGGGUGUUCCCAGCCAGGCCUACAUUCCGUCCCCCACAUUCUGUCACUGUGACCUCCUUCAUUCACUUCUUCUUUCUUUCACCGAGUCCUGUCCCUUCCCCAUGACUCCUGACCUGAGUCCUUUCCUGGGUCCAGAGCACCCCUCUCCCCUCCUGCCUGCACCCCAGGGUAGAUGGGCCUAUGGGCUGGGCCUCAGGCCACCAGGCAAUAAACACAGGGCCCCGCAGCAAUGUCCUGCCAGCCCUAAGCACCACCCCGGAACAGCAGAGACCAGAGCACAAGCCCAGGACUGUCCUCAGGGGAAGCGCAUGGGGACCCGAGCCUGGACGCUGCCCGCCUUCUACAGAGACAGAGAUGCUGGCACAGUGGUGCCUCCAUGGUGACCCCAAGUGGGGUUUGGGGUGCUGAGGACAGGAUGUCCAGCUGAGAGUCCAUCAGUGAAGUGUGCGGGCGAUGGACCAGUACCUUGCUGCCCCAGGGCUCUGGAAGAACCCGAGCCCUGUUCCAGAUCAUGUGUAACCCAGAGACUGUCCCCCAUGUGUGCCCAAAGUCACAGAGAGCUUCUCUGACAUCUGUGCGACUGUCCAGGAGACUUGAGUGGCUUCUGGGCCUGUGUCCCACCCGCAUGAGGGUGACUGUAGAAUCUUGUGUUCGUGUGACUUUGUAUGUGUGAACGGGUGUGUGUGUGUCAUGGGAUGGGGUGUGUUUGUGCCAUUCUGGGCCCUUAAUGAGAGCACAGUACAUUUGGUGGCUGGGUAGAGUGGCCUGUGUGUAACUGUGGAGGACACCUAGGCACCAUGGUGUGUAGGGUGGACCUGUGCUUUCGGGAGUAGGUGAGAAUUUAUCUGUGACCUGUCUGUUCAGCCUGUCCAAGGAGCACCGGGUCCUGCUCCAGGCUGGGACAGGCUGGCCACCGGGUCCUGCUCCAGGCUGGGACAGGCUGGCCACCGGGUCCUGCUCCAGGCUGGGACAGGCUGGCUGGUGACUCAGACAGUGUCAGUCAGCUACUGUCCUAGAACAAGUGGCAGACGCCAGCCAGCACCGAGGCUUCAGUGCAUGUGGCCAUUACCUCACGGGGCUGCGCAGACCAGGCUGUGGUUGGAGAGAGCUGGAUCCUCUGUUGUGCUGAUGUGUGUGAGGAAUGGCUGCCGUCAGGUGACCAGGUGGUCCAGACCUAAGUGUGGUCCCUCUGUGCCCUGAGCACAGGAAGAAACAGAGCCUGAAGCCUGAGUCUGAGCGUAGCUGAGCCCCAACUUCCAGCCAGUCCAGGGCCCCCACGGCUGCUACCUGCUCCCUAGCCCUGGGAGCAGCCCCUGGCUGGACAGGGGUCACAGCCCUUUCUCAGGGACACACCCUGAUAGCACAAUCUCUGGGCCGCCCCAGGCCUCUCCUGGCCUUGCCCAUCCUGGGGAGAACCGGGUUGGGUGGCAGGGGAGGGGGGAGCCCACCCUGGCUGCUGGCCAACCUGCCCAGGCAUCUCUGGUGCUGGGGACCCUGCCAGGCCUCGCUUGCUGUGACCCACCCCUGCCCCCGCAUGUGGGAGCCCUGCCCUGCGUGGGGUCCGUGUACCGUUUGCUGUCCACCUUGUCUUCCUGCAAUAAACAGUGGAUCCUG